AUGGCAUCUUGGUGGAGUUUUCGAUACUUAUGGUUAUAUUUUACACUUGGACAAUUUAAUGUUUUGUAUGUAAGAACAGAUUGGCCUUCUUUGAAUACAUCAAAUAUACAAUUAUUGAGUCUUCUUUAUGAUACACCAGGUGGAUCUAGCCCUUUAAUAACUUACGUUCAUGGUUUUGCAAUGUUUAAAUCAGCAAUAAUACUUGCUCAACGAUACAAUAUAACAAUUGAAGGACAGUUUAUUGGAUCCCAAUCUGUAUCGACCGAUGGUAUUAUCAUGGAUGUUCUUCAAAGUACUUGUCAGAUAACAUCAACGGCAAACAUCGUUGGUAUCGUAGGACCGCGUCUUUCAAGAGAAUCUCAGAUUAUUGCUCCUUUUGCUGCGAAAAUAGGAAUUCCUGUUAUAUCACAUGAUUCAACUACUCCUGCAUUAUCUGAUCGAAGUGCGUAUCCUACUUUUUAUCGAACCGUUCCUGCAGAUGAUACAGCUGCAUUAGCUAUUGGUCAAUUAUUUAUUCUAUUGAACUGGACAUCUUGUGUAGUUAUCUAUCAAAAUGAUGCAUUUGGACAAGGCUUUGAACAAGCAAUCUCAGAUGUAUUUAAUAAUUAUAAUCUAACAAUUGCAGAAACAAUCAUGUUCGAUAUUGCAACACUUCAUAUUCGAGGUGAUUUGAAAUCUCUUCUAAUUAACAAUCCAACUCGAAUAGUUCUUUUAUGGGCUCAAGAAGAUUAUGCAACUAUGAUUUUACAAAGUGCACUUGAUUUAGGUGUACUCGGUCCAAGUUUUACAUGGAUAUUAAGUGCAGAGAUUGAUUUAAGUUCAUUUGACCCACAAUGGUAUCCAAACUUAAUUGGAAUGUUUACAAUGGAAGCUGUUGUUGGAAAUGUUGUAAAUGCACCAAUAAAUACAACAUUAUUAAAUGAUGCAUAUAACAUUUGGCAGAUGUAUGAACCUGAAUCAUUUCCGGGAAGUGCAAAUGUUGAUUACAGUGCAUUGUUUGCAUUUGAUGCAACUUGGACUUUAAUUCAAUCAUUAGCACAACUUUGCUCAACUGUAUUCACUAAUGAUUCAUCCUCAUGCAUAUCAUUUACAAAUGAUACAUUUUGUUUUAAUAAACAAUUUCUCAAUACUGAUAAUUUAUUGAAUGUAAUUAAUUCGAAUACAUUUCUUGGUGUUACAGGUCCUAUCCAAUUUAGUGCUAAUAUAACAAAUCGAGUUAAUGGCACAUAUUUUAUUUUAAAAAAUGUUCAGAGUGCUUCAAAUAAUCUUCAAUAUGUACCAGUAAUGUCAUGGUCAAAUUCACAGAUUUGGACAUUAUAUACAUCAACAAGUGUAAUUUUGUGGCCUGGAAAUACUUUGACACUUCCUAGUGACAGUGCAUCUGCUUCAGGUGUCACAUUUCGCAUUGCUAUUUAUGAAGUCACACCAUUUACGAUAGUCACACAAACUACUGAUUCAUUUGGAAACAUAACAACAACAUACACUGGAUAUAUGCCUGAUCUUAUUAACCUUUUGCAAACUAAUAUGAGUUUUAUUCCACAAAUUAUAUUAGUUCCAUCAAAUAAUACCUACGACGAUUUAAUUUAUGCAGUAGCAAAUGGAAUGUACGAUAUGGUAGUAGCUGAUGUAACAGUUACUUCCGCACGAGAAGAAUUAGUUGAUUUUUCAGCUUCAAUAUUUGAUGAUUCAUUACGUAUUAUUAUACGAGAAGCACCUAGUGUUAAUAUAGAUUGGUUGGCAUUUUUAAAACCAUUUUCACGUACUCUUUGGUUAACUAUUUUAGGUACUGUUGUAUAUGCAAGUAUUUUAAUCUUUUUAAUAGAACGCCCAUAUAAUGAAGCAUUACAAGAUCGAUCAGUUAUAUCUGCGAGUGCAAUGUCUACAUGGUAUUCGAUGGCUACCAUAAUGGCAUGUGCACCGGAUUUUAAUGUUACAACAGCUGCUGGUCGAUUAUUAACUAUUGGCCUAUAUAUUUUAAGUUUAAUAUUACUAGCAGCUUAUACAGCUAACUUAGCAUCUGAUUUAACAAUACAAAAAUCGCAAACUGUCGUUAGUGGAAUCGAUGAUAUUAAAAAUGGUAAGAUACCAUUUAGCCGUAUUGGUAUCCUUGUUGGUUCAGCUAUGGAAGAUUAUUAUUUACAAGAAGUAUCCGGUGGUAGUCGAAACUUUUAUUCGUUAACAUCUAUCACAGAAGCGUAUGAUAAAUUAUUAAGUGGAGUCAUUGAUGCAUCAAUUAUGGAUGUUGGUCCUGUAGAAUAUGCAACUACUCAUAUCUAUUGUAAUUUAACUUUAGUUGGAGCUGACUUUGAUGCAAGUGCAUUUGGUAUUGUUUAUCAAAAAGGCUGGAUUUAUGCAAACGAAUUAGAUGUAAAUCUCUUAUCAUUAAGAGAACAAGGUGUUUUGGAUACUUUAAGAACAAAAUGGUUUGAAGGAGGUGAUUGCUCACAGACAGACGAUAGCGGUACUGCGAUGACAGUUGAAUCAUUGGCUGGUUUAUUUUUAACUUUUGGUGUUAUUAGUAUUCUGUCCUUAUUAUUAUUCGUUUGGUUAAAACGAUCAGUUAUAAAAGAUUAUUUUAAGUCACGUAAGCGUCGAAGGACUUUAGUAAUUACUCAGAAUACAAUGAAAGAAGAACAUCCUCAAGAAACUGUUGCUGAGCAGUUCGUACACCUGUAA